AUGGCAUCACGCCCAACUCUUCUGGACCUGCGGUCCGAUUCGCAGUAUUCCAACCUUUCCAACAUUUCCAAGCCUUUGCGCUCCCCUCGCCACCAUGUCGCCGGCGAGGCACCCCCCGAACUCUCCCCUUUGGAUGCUUUUGCCUUGCAGAGCCGAUUACUUGCUAGACAGCUGCAAGAAAGCGCCAAGGAGGGCAACCGGAUGAGCCGACUCCCACCUCUGACCGUAGAAAGCCCUCUGGUCGUCCAAGGCCGCUCCGAAUACUUUCGCUCCAUGUCCCAGGACUCUGCCUCCGAGAGUGGUGAUUCCCCUGGCCCUAGUGCUUCCGGCCUUGGGCUAAGGACAGAGCUGGAGGACGCUUUCGCCGAUGAGUCUGAUCGUCCCAAGUCUAUGCAUCCUCGAAUGAGCCGGAUACCUCCCACGCCCGAUGAGAACGUCCCCGCGAUUCCUCCUCGUGAUCCUUCUCGAGGCCGCAAGCUGUCGCAGAUCGCCGAACCAGACCCGUUCUUUGGCGAUGCCCGAAGAGAAAGAUCUCCCUCGCCAUUGCAAAGCGAGACUCAGUCUCACCAAGAUCGACAGGCCGAAACCUCUCCCUCCCGAAAAGAAGACUCUCUUUUUCUGCCCUCGCAGCAACCCAAUGGCUCUAUCAGUGGCUCCCCUGAGAGAUACAAGCAACACUCAUUUGACGAGCUGGGUUUGGCCCCUCCUCGUGCUCUAUUUCCCAGGAGAUCCUCGAGCAUCAUGUCCUCGCCGCUGUUGCCAACCGACGAGGAAGGUUCCGGCAACAUGUCUGGCUCAUUCCAUUCCCUCCCACCUCGAAAGCUCUCUUCUGGAAGUGCCGCGUUUAUCAACCCAAUGAUGUCGCCGGCCCUUGGGUCUUUCCGGAGAUCGCCUUCUGUGGGCUCGGACUCCUCCGCUCUACCUCGGCCGUCGUUUAACUUCUCGCGCCCGAUGAGUAGAUCUGGAACUCCUGCCAUGGAUUCUCCUUCCAGACAGGCGUCCUCUGAUAGCCAGCCGUCCUUCAUUUUAGCUGACGAUGCUGCUUACACACCCGUGAGCAUGCAUAGUGAGGCCUUUCUAGACUCACAAACUGAUGACAAGGGAGCACCCUCGUACAUAUACUCGAAGUUCUCUUUGCCCAGAGGAAAGACGCUUCAACGAUCGGAGGACGACGAGCAGCUAGAACAACAUGAGCAUCCCAUGCAACCGAUGCAGGCGACGCACCCACAAGCAUCCUUUCAUUGGGAGCAGCCGAUGAUUCCUCCAAGCAACGUUCAGCGUAUCAAUACUAAUAUUCCCCCAUCGCCACCCCACCGGCCAUCCAGCUCAUCUUCAAAGACAGUCCCUGACGAUGCCCUUAUUCCCCUCAGCCCGCUACCGAGACCAUCCACGGAGCUCAGGAAAGUGCACUCUGAGAACUCGCCUUCAGUGCCUUCAUUAGAACCGUCACCCAGCCUGGGCAUAGGACGCGCAUCUGAGGAUUCCCCCAGAGGCCGGGGCAGAAUGCCAGUGUCCACCAACACAAGUGACACGGCCAGCACUAUACGACCCCCGCCCACGCCUCGCUCAGUGGCGCCAACCGCCUCUGAGAUGUCUGCUGAGGAACAUUUGGCCAAGGGAAUAGAGUGCCAUGAGAACGGCUCACUAAAAGAGUCUACGUAUCAUCUUCGGUAUGCUGCUAGGCUGAACGACCCCACUGCAAUGCUCCUGUAUGCGCUUGCGUGCCGCCACGGGUGGGGCAUGCGUGCAAACCAGAAGGAGGGAGUUGAGUGGCUCAGGAAAGCCGCAGAAUACGCCAGUGUCGAAAUCGCAGAUGGCGAGGAUCAGGUCAAGGAGGGCAAGCAUGUUGAUGUUGUUGAAAGAAGGACGAGGAAAGCUCAGUUCGCCCUGAGCAUCUAUGAGCUUGGCGUGAGCCAUAUGAAUGGAUGGGGUAUCGAUCAAGACAAAUCACUGGCCUUGCGAUGCUUCGAGAUCGCCGGUAAUUGGGGCGAUGUGGAUGCUCUAGCUGAGGCCGGGUUCUGCUAUGCACAGGGCAUUGGAUGUAAGAAGAACCUGAAGAACAGCGCCAAGUUCUACCGAAUGGCCGAGGCGAAAGGAAUGAGCAUGGUUGGUAACAGCUGGAUCCACAAAGCCAAGUACAACGAGGACGACACAGAUGCAGCCAAGAAGGACAAGAAGAAGGCUCGGAGCAAGUCCCGAACCAGAACCAUGUUUGGCCGGAAGUAA